GUACUAACUAUUAAGGGGGCAGUGUAGACUGCCCCCGCUCCCUACCCGCACGCGCCAGCGAAAUCCCGCCCCACAACGGCCUCCCGCACCGCACGGCCGCGUGCCACAGAGCGUACACCACCCCCGCCCGCCCUCCGCCUGCCCGCCCUCCAAGCUCAGCCUACCACGCUCGCCCCCUGCCAGUCCUUCCGCGAAUCGGGUGUCCCCAACAAUCCCGCGCACCCGCCGCACUCGGGCAGAUGGAGCGCGACCGCCGCGCCGCACGCUCCGACUUCGUGCGGUUCCGCCUGGUGUGCAAGCUGUGGAUGGACGGCAGCGGCAUCAGGAAGCCCCGUGAGUUGGGCGCACGCGUCAUCGACCACAGCUUCCACCCUCGCCGGUGGAUCCUGCUGACGGAGGAGAAGGAGGAGGCUGAUGAGGCGACGCCCACGCCCACGCGCCGCACGCUGCUUAACCUCACCACCCGGAAGACCAUCCAGGUGGAUCUGCCGGAGCUCGCUGGGCACUCCGUGGUCCCCGGACCCACCGCGGCGCCGGAGGGCAUGCUGGUGGUGCGCGAUCUGAGAAACCGUUGGGGCUGAAGUGGGAAUGUGACAGGCAUGCCUGCAUGUGCCCCGCAUGAUGUCUACUGCCUCACAGGUUUCAUUGCUUUUCGGUGGGGGGACCGGAGAGCAACCGAAUUUGUAGUAGUAGUACUGAACAAUCUGAAUCUCAGAUGAAACCAUAGAACAUGUUUCCC